AUGAGCAAGGGACCCCUCAUCGAAGCAGUCUUCAAGCAGCACUCGCUGGCCAACAAGACCGGCAAGACCAUCUCCAAGGCGGCGAUCGGCCGUAUUGUGGAUUCAGUCUUCGAGCAGGUCGGCAAGCAGAUCGUGGGCAAGGGUUACUUCAGAUACCCUGGCUUCGGUUCCUUCCUCAUCAAGGAUCGCUCGGCGAGGACAAUGUACAAGGCCCUCCCCAGGACAAAGGGCCAGACGAUGGAUAGGUCAGAGGCGAACAAGAUCACAGUGCCCGCGCGCGGCGUCGUUGGCUUCAAGCCUGCGCCUCCGCUCAAGGAGUCCGUGAAGGACCUUAAGAGGGUGAAGCGAGCCAAGGCGUCCAAGAAGGAGCAGGAGAUCGUGUAA